UCGCUUACACCUCGUGAAAAUACUUGAAAAUGAGAAAGUUUUGUAAUUAGUCCACAAGCUUCAAAAUGGUCAGUUGUUUUAAUUAAGGAUAAAUCAAUUAUAUGGCCAUGGMAAACUGAUGGCACAACUAGCCAACGGGUAAUUAUGACCUUAUGAAGAGAGCUGGCAAGCUAGUGACUCUUAACCACUGCCAUACGUUGGAUUGAAGUUGUUUUCACUCAAAACAAGGAUCCUUGUAAGGGAAUGCACCGUCUUUAUGCAUUCAUUCUAUUGGUUGUGUUGCAGAACGCGUCUGCGCAUUCGGGUUCGACGGGGGAGAMCAUAGGUCGUCGCCAUGGUUACACAGCAAGGGAUAUAAUACGGGCAAUYGAAAGGGAAGUCGUGCAAGAGCAUUUAGGAAGUGCUGGUAGCUCAGGAUCUGCCAAUGAAGAACUACAUGASUCGUCAACAGAUUCUACGYCAGAAGACGUCAGCGGUUUGCCAUCGCACUCUCGCCCAGUCCAAUCCCAAUUAGAUUCCACUGUUGCAGUCGCGACACGUGGUACUGGAGAAAGACCAGCCACAAACAAUCAUCCUCCAUCUACCAAUCAAGGCGAAGGAUUCAGGCAACCAACUAUUUACCGGGGUGAAAGUGAUUAUAAAGAUAAAGAUGAUGAUGAUGAUAAUGAUGAUGAUAAUGAUGAUGAUGAAGGCAGAUCGACAUCAGAAGAAGAGAGUGAGACUGAGAACAAGAGUCCCCGGAUGGAAUUCGCUCACAUUGAAAAAGUAGCUGACGUCAUGAAGAGGCUAAAGGAAGCAAAAACCGACGAAGAAAUGGCUUCCAAGCUAAGAACAGGAACCGAGAGUCUUGGAGUUUCAUUCAAAACGUUCGAGCAACUGAGUGACUUAUGGAUAUCAAUACUACGUAGAAUAUGGAGGGUGUGGAAGGCUAAAGGAGCCAAGCAGGUCAUGCACUCGAUAGUUGAUGACAUGGUCACUAAGACUACGCAGACAGUCGAGCCAAAGAUUGGCAGCAUUGUUGAUCGCGGGCUCAAGUCCGCUUUAGCAAACAAUGCAUCUCAUCCAGCAAGCCUGGUUGAAAAWCAAACUUUUGAUACAAACACAACAGAAAACGCCCUGUACAAUAGAGAAACUGAAAAAGUUCAAAAUGUAAAUAACCCUGUAAAUAGUAAAAGUCGAAGAACAACAAGAAACUCAAAACCUACCUUCAAAAGUUCCAAGAACCAUUUCAAGAAAACGCGUGUGACGGCACCUAAAUCUAAUAAAGCUUCCAGAGGACCAAUUACCACUGUUGUAUCAUUCAUAUCUGGAAAGAAACAUUCCAGCAACAGCAGCUCAAGGAGAAAGUCCAAACAAUCAAAGAAACGAACAACAACCACUAGCUAUAUGACAUCUACUGCAAAUAAGGAAAAAGACAUCAAAACAGGACACAUAAAGCAUAAACUGGGAAAGAUAAAAGAAAGUGAAAAAGACAAGACAAAAGACGCUGCGAGGGAGACAGAUCAAAGUGAKRGUAGGAAUACCAAGACUAAAACCGUCGUCGAGGGGCCUUCUCAAGGCGAUUCCGUAAAAAAGGAACUGGUAGCUCAGGACCGAGAACCUAUGAACUCGGCUGCGCCUGGUGUUAUUGAUCGAAUUGGAGAAUUUCCAAGGAAUGAGAAUAGACGAUUAGUUGACUUACAAAAUAAAGUCGAUCGCAUUGAGAACGARCUCACUAUUCUACAAACUGCGGUCGCUGGGGUCAUCAAUAGACUUGAUGACAUGGGGCGUGUAGUACAAGAGGUUUCUAAUCUAACGGAGCAAGCGGUCCUUGGACCCUAUCACAAAAACCAAAAAUCUUCAAAUAAUGAGUCACCAUUGGGCGGACGUAAUGCAUCAGUCAUAAAGAUCAUACUUCCACCAUUYAAAUCUCAGACAACAAAUAUAACAGGAUUAAAAUUAGGAAUUUCUGAACCAACAGAAACUCAAGAAAAAAUACCAAAUGUUUCAGCACCAAAUCCAAAGAUUACAGAGACUGGACCUCCAGGAAUUGCUCCUCCUUCCGUUGAAGAAUUGUUUCCUGAAAUCAAAGGAAGCUCAGGACUUCCACUUCCACAGACCCCAAUAUCAGUACCUAAAGAUAAAGAGAUKCCAACCGAUAUGAUAGCGGUUCCAGGAUCUGGAAAUAGUGCUUCGCAGUUACCAGUAACUAAUCUUUCUAGUGAACAAGUUGAAUUACUUCCCAAUGGCGGUUUACUAAAUUUAACCGAUAGCUUACAGGGUACUGAAGCACCAACACACGCUCCCAUAGAACCAUUACCAGGUUCUAAUGGAAUGCUAGUUAACAAGACACAAAAUACAAACAAUAAACAUUCCGGUAAAUCAUCAGGAAAUCAUGAAAAAGAUGACGACAAAACACACAACUUAUAUGUUACUGAAUCACCAACACACACUACAAUGGAACCAUUACCAGGAACUGGUGGUAGAACAAAUGAAUCGCAAAAUAAACAUUCUGAUGAGUUCUCAGAACAUCAUAAUGUAGAACYAAAUCCAGAGACAGGAGAAUCAGGUCUUGGCAAUUCGCUACCAACUCAAGAGGCAGAUCAACARUCUGGUGAAGGAAUGACAGGAGCUGAUCAAUCAUAUGAAGUAAACAACGAACCWUAUCCAGGAAUAAACUGGACACCUGGAAAUUUUGCUAAUGUACCUACACCAGGUACUGAAAUCGAAGGACCGACACCAGAACCAUCGUCCGACAAGCAAGGUCAACAUCAUGGGUCUCAACAAGAAGCGCCAAUUCCAACCCCAGGGCAAGAAGAAGAUUCUGAUAACCCACUACCAACACCAGGAUCAGAGCCAAAUUCUGAUAACGAAAGUCCAACCCCAGGAACGGAAUCAGCUUCUGAUAACACAGCAUCAAACUCAGAAUCUAACAAGUCAGGGAAGAAUAUGAAGGAAAACCCAUCAGGGAUUGAUCAAUCAGAAAUCAGUGUCAAUACUGGCCGCUUCCCGGAAGCACAAUCAGACAUGUUUCAGAACCAAUUGCCAUUCCCCAUUCCUGGUCCAUUUCCAGUACARUCACCCUUUGUUCCACCAUAUUUCAUGAGAUUUCAACCCGAGAUGGGUAUGAGACCAACACCUCAUACGCCAUCUUCCCCGCACCAAGUACUGAUACCRGUAGGAUCAUUAAAUGGAUUCCAGCCUGAUGAUGAUAACUCUGAUUCAGAAAACUCAGAUGACGCCGAUGAACGUCAUAAUGUACAUAAUUAUGUAAAUAGAAAUAGGAAUGCACCUGUUUCAGCUUUCAUGGCAGGUAAAUAUUUGAAAAUAGAAAACCCUAAAGAACCAGAAGUGAUAGUGAAAUCCUUUGCUGAAAAAGAUCGCCAGGUGAACAAUGUGCGUGGUAAACAGAUGAUCGGCGCUUCACAAGCAAAUCAAGAAACUGCAUCUGAUCCUGCACAUGGCGCCAAUGAAGARCAAAAGGUUGCCAUGGAUACUCCACAGGAAGACCAAAAGGCAAAUGAUGUCAGACCGAUUAUAAACAUCAUUGUUCCGAACUCUGAAACAGCAACCCUUCUAAGUAAAGAAAUGUGCCAACCUCCUUGUAAAAAUGGUGGAAAAUGUGUUGGUAUCAACACUUGUAAAUGCCCCACCCUUUUCCUCGGUGACCAAUGCGACCACUUUUCUCUAAUGGAACUCUUAAAGAAAAACAGAWACAGGCCAUCCAAGCAACAAUACGAUCACACAAUGGAGAAAUAUAGAUCACUUCAACACCGACCAGUAACAAUCGAAGAACUUUUACGAUCUUUGGUGAGAAGGUAUCGAUUACCACGACAUAGACAACAAGUGAAUAAUCCAGCAACUAGAGAUAACAUCAACUACCGUUACAACAGUAUCAGAGAGCCGUUGAGCUAUCGAUUUCGCAAYGAAGUAAAUUCAAAUGCUUAUCGAUACCACAAUAUUCGAGUCCCGAAUUAUUAUCGAUUUCAAAAUGAGGGCACUUACUAUGACMCCUCAGAAAAAAAGAAAUCGAUAAUACCUCGAAARAUCCAAACGAGGAUAAACCCGAUCACAAAGAGGAAGCAGUACAUUUUGGAAGUAUAAUGRAUAGCCAUYGAUAAACUGUUUUAGUUGUUAACAAUAAUCAAGGACCGAAUGCCGAACUAAACAUCAAUUAUUCAAUUCGCCGAAAGCGAACUUAAAUCGAUCGAAAGAAACUGCUAACAUAAUGAGGUAAGAAUGUAUUUCCUGUAGGGAAUGAAUGGGUUUACAAUAAACUGCGACCGCAAUUAAUUUAUCAUACAUUGAAAAAAAAAUCAAAAAAAUCACUAAAACGGAAUCAAGCAGUUUAAAUUACUGUGCAAACUUAUUUUAGAAAAGGUGACCGGAURYAAUGGCGAAUGUUACUUGUCUAACAGCAAUUGCACGACCGAAGGUAGCCUUGGGCUUAACAUCGGUUGUAUUUAGUCUACAUUUCUAUGCAAGGUGAAUCCAACAAGUUAAAUUUAGGUUGUCAAAUUAAUCAUAGUGCAUUUCGGUCGUAUAAUCUCCGUUUGACAAUCACCGUUCACCRUUCUCCUGACAGCGUUUUUGAAAUAGGUGUAUGUAGUGUAUGUCAACCAGCCAGAGUUGUGUAUGACAUUCUCAUUCUGUUCUGGUUCGUUUGACAAACACCAUUAGUCAGAAUAGAUAUUAUUCACGUUGAUUAUCAUCACGGUAAAACUAUGCAUACUCUCGAAAUGAAAUGCGUCCAAAAUUGAAAAAGUUUGGUGAUCAAUAUAGUUAGCACUAUAUUUUAAAUACUAAUGCUAAAUCUAAAUUUUAAACAUGACAACCGAUGCCUUUAUGAUACGAACAACCAAUAAUAUGAUAUGUUAAUUAGCUUAAGGGGGCUCUUGAAGACCUAYAGACAAACUCGUUCACAAUACAAUUUAACACCUCCGAGGUGUACAACACAAACACCUCUACAUCACCGAUACUUCUAUGUCACAGACACCUCUAUAUGACAGACACCUCUACAACACAGACACCUCUACAU